AUGGAGAAGGAGUGGAACUCUUUCAAGAAGUUUAGCGCUGUGGAGAUCCUCUCAGAAAGCCAGAUCGCAGCUCUUCCUCAAGACGCUGAGAUUGUGAACACGCGAUGGGUUCACACUGACAAGAACCAGAAGCCGCGCUUGAUGGCUGGUGCAAUGCGGCGACGCACUGGGAAGUCUGAAGCUCAGAUCAAGAAGGAGUACCCCUUCGAAGCCAAAUCCAGAAUGGUUGUCAUUGGCUGCCAGGAGAAGGACACUGGCAUCAGAUCUGACUCUCCCACUGCAUCACUCCUGGCCUUCAAUUUUGUGACUUGUUUGUCAGUUAUUUUUCAGUGGAUUUUGGAAGCGUAUGAUGCGAGCACAGCAUAUCUCCAAUCUCAAGGAAUAACACGUCUCCUGCUUCUCCGUCCUCCUCGACCACCACCUCCUGGAGUUCCCCCACAUGACUUGCUGCGUGCGAAAGGCAGCAUUUACGGCACGCGAGAUGCUGGCCGUAGCUGGUGGAAGAAACUUUUCAAAGCUCUCCAGCGACUUGGCUGGGUGAUGUCAAAAUUGGAAGCUGCACUGUUUUACCUUUUUGACUCUGAAGUUUUGGUCGGUGCGCUCGUAGCCCACGUGGAUGACCUUUAUUCCACUGGCACCGGAAAGAAGUAUGAAGAGUCCCUGAAAGUUUUGGAGAAAGAGAUUUAUUUGAAGAGGAAAGUUGGUGAUUUUCGUUUUUGUGGAAAGAAUGUGAAACAAAACCAAGAUGGAUCUGUUUCUUUGGACCAGAUCGACGCAAUUGAGAGUUUGGAAUAUAUGGUUUUGCAGAAGAACAGGCGCGUCAUGCCGAAUGCGCCGUUGAAUGAGGAUGAGAAGUCAGCCUUCAGAGGGCUGAUUGGUUCACUUGGAUGGAUUGCCCGUCAGACCAGACCUGACGUGCUUGUGAACGUUUCCCUGGCAUCCCAAACAAUGGGAAAUCCGACGAUCAAGGAUGUCGUGGAGCUUAACAAGGUUGUCAAGGUUCUAAAGGAGAGCUAUGACUUCAAGUGGAACUUUGUCCCAAGCUCCAACCUCACUCUGGAGAAUGCCGUGGUGUUUUGCAUGGCUGACAGCAGUUUCGCAAACACGACCAAGCUGCGAAGCCAAUGUGGCUAUGUGGUUGGUCUGACCACUGCUGAUUUCACCUCCGGCUAUGACACGCCGGUGAUGAUACUGGAGGCUUACAGCGGAAGCAUCAAGCGUGUUUGUCGCAGCACUUUGGCUGCAGAAACAAACGGGUUCCUCACCGCGACCGAGGCCGCCGACUAUGUGAGGAUGCUCUUGCUGGAAGUGAAGCAUCCAGGCGUUUCCAUGGUUGACUUGGAUAGGUUUUACCUGAAGGGCCUGCUGAUCGCGUUGACGGACGCGAAGUCCUUGGAAGCCACCUUGAACAAGGAUGCUGGCCAGCCUGCUGAUAAGCGAGUGAAAAUACUUGUCAGCCAGGUGAAAGAGUUUCUUGGCGGCGACAGCUAUGAAGAUGAUGGUUCAUUACGCUGCCAUUGGUGUGACACAUCGCAGAUGCUAGCCGACGUUUUGACGAAAGCUGGAUGUGAAAGAGAACCUCUUUUGGAUGCGAUGACCACUGGAAAAUGGCGCCUGAAACCAAGCGCCGAAGCCGAAGAAACCAAACAGAAGAUCCGAGAUGGAAGGAGACGCAGAAAAGCUGAAAAGCAAAACGCUGCUGCAGGCAUCUCGAACCUGGUAUGGUCCUUCACAACCCUGGCCUUCAGGGAGGCCGUCCUGCUCGAAGCAGUUGCCCUGAGGCACGCCAGCGGAUGCGUCCCGCCAUGGUGCUAG